AUGGGAGGAGACCCAACACAACCUGGUGACAGUGAUGGUGACAAGAAGACCCAACACAACCUGGUGACAGAUGAGGACAAGAAGACCCAACACAACCUGGUGACAGUGACGGUGACAAGAAGACCCAACACAACCUGUGUAACAGCCGCUGUCAACAGUGUAACAGCCGCCGUCGACAGUGUAACAGCCGCUGUCAACAGUGUAACAGCCGCCGUCAACAGUGUAACAGCCGCCGUCAACAGUGUAACAGCCGCCGUCAACAGUGUAACAGCCGCUGUCAACAGUGUAACAGCCGCCGUCAACAGUGUAACAGCCGCGUCACAGUGUAACAGCCGCGUCAACAGUCUUAACAGCCGUCAACAGUGUAACAGCCGCCGUCAACAGUGUAACAGCCGCCGUCAACAGUGUAACAGCCGCGUCAACAGUGUAACAGCCGCCGUCGACAGUGUAACAACAGUUGUAACAGAUACCGUCAACAGUGUAACAGCCGCCGUCAACAGUGUAACAGCCGCCGUCACCGUCAACAGUGUAACAGCCGCCGUCAACAGUGUAACAGCCGCCGUCAACAAUAUAACAGCUACCGUCAACAGUGUAACAGCCGCCGUCAACAGUGUAACAGCCGCCGUCACCAAUAUAACAGAUACCGUCAACAGUGUAACAGCCGCCGUCAACAGUGUAACAGCCGCCGUCACCAAUAUAACAGAUACCGUCAACAGUGUAACAGCCGCCGUCACCAUGCAAUUACCCAGAUUGUUAUAA